GCGGCCAGGCACGGCCGGCUCCCUCCCUCCUCCCUGCAGCCUUCGCCUGCCCUCCCGCCGGCCGCUCCGGGCUCAGGGGGGCCUCAGGCUCUGCGGGGUGGGGGGAGGACAGGAGGGGAGGAGGAGGGAGGGGGGACCCCCGAGUCGCCCCCUCUCCUCCCCCCGCCCCCCGGCUCCAUCGCCGCCGCCGCCCGAGCAGCUGUGGGGCCGCCGCCGCCGCCACCGCCUUUGCAGGCUGAGUCAUCACUAGCGAGUGGGAAGGGCAGCCGCAGUGAAGCCAGACCCCAGAACUGGUAUCACAGAGUACCCUUUCUCCAGGUUGGGGGCUCAGAGGGGAGCCAUCAUGAGCGAUGUUACCAUUGUGAAAGAAGGCUGGGUUCAGAAGAGGGAGUCCUCUUUGAUGGAGCCCACAGGCGGAGAGGAAGCACAGGAUUCAUAAGAUGGCGGGCGGGAGAAUAUAUAAAAAACUGGAGGCCAAGAUAUUUCCUUUUGAAGACAGAUGGCUCAUUCAUAGGAUAUAAAGAGAAACCUCAAGAUGUGGAUUUACCUUAUCCCCUCAACAACUUUUCAGUGGCAAAAUGCCAGUUAAUGAAAACAGAACGACCAAAGCCAAACACAUUUAUUAUCAGAUGUCUCCAGUGGACCACUGUUAUAGAAAGAACAUUUCAUGUAGACACUCCAGAGGAAAGGGAAGAAUGGACAGAAGCUAUCCAGGCUGUGGCAGAUAGACUUCAGAGGCAAGAAGAGGAGAGAAUGAAUUGUAGUCCAACUUCACAAAUAGAUAACAUAGGGGAAGAAGAGAUGGAUGCUUCUACUACCCAUCAUAAAAGAAAGACAAUGAAUGAUUUUGACUAUUUGAAACUGCUAGGUAAAGGCACUUUUGGAAAAGUUAUUUUGGUUCGAGAGAAGGCAAGUGGGAAAUACUAUGCUAUGAAAAUUCUGAAGAAAGAAGUUAUUAUUGCAAAGGAUGAAGUGGCACACACUCUAACUGAAAGCAGAGUGUUAAAGAACACUAGACAUCCCUUUUUAACAUCCUUGAAAUAUUCCUUCCAGACAAAAGACCGAUUAUGUUUUGUGAUGGAAUAUGUUAAUGGGGGAGAGCUGUUUUUCCAUUUGUCGAGAGAGCGGGUGUUCUCUGAGGACCGCACACGUUUCUAUGGUGCAGAAAUUGUCUCUGCCUUGGACUAUCUACAUUCUGGAAAGAUUGUGUACCGUGAUCUCAAGUUGGAAAAUUUGAUGCUGGAUAAAGAUGGCCACAUAAAAAUUACAGAUUUUGGACUUUGCAAAGAAGGGAUCACAGAUGCAGCGACUAUGAAGACGUUCUGUGGAACACCAGAAUACCUGGCACCAGAGGUGUUAGAAGAUAAUGACUAUGGCCGAGCUGUGGAUUGGUGGGGCCUCGGGGUUGUCAUGUACGAAAUGAUGUGUGGGAGAUUACCUUUCUACAACCAGGAUCAUGAGAAACUUUUUGAACUAAUACUAAUGGAAGACAUUAAAUUUCCUCGAACCCUCUCUUCAGAUGCAAAAUCAUUGCUUUCAGGGCUCUUGAUAAAGGAUCCAAAUAAACGUCUUGGUGGAGGACCAGAUGAUGCAAAAGAAAUUAUGAGACACAGUUUCUUUUCUGGAGUAAACUGGCAAGAUGUAUAUGAUAAAAAGCUUGUGCCUCCUUUUAAGCCUCAAGUAACAUCUGAGACAGACACCAGAUAUUUUGAUGAAGAAUUUACAGCUCAAACUAUUACAAUAACACCACCUGAAAAAUACGAUGAGGACGGCAUGGACUGCGUGGACAACGAGCGGCGGCCGCACUUCCCCCAGUUCUCCUACUCUGCGAGCGGGCGGGAGUAAGCCUCCGCGGCCUGCCCGCCGCUGUCACCUCAGAGCUGCCACCGGACACGAUUCCUGGCCAUCCCAGCAGCCCGCACUCUCACAGCCGCAGGAGCGCCUCCACACGGCGGCCCGGCCCGCCCUCACCCUCGUCGCCUCCCACCCACCGAGAACACACACACUCCAACACUCUUGUUUCUGCAUGGAACUGUCUCUGUCUGAGGUCUCACGCUGUUACUGCUGCUGUCCUUCUCUCAUAGCGACUGUAAGACGUGAUUCACAGUCUUCGGAAGUCAUGAGCCCACUAUUGUUCAUGUGUGCACCAACUGUCACCUUCUGGACUUUAGUUUUUGUUUGUCCCUAACAGUGAAGGCGAAAUGAGAUACACUGAUUCUAGGUACAUUUUCUAACUUUCUAGAAGAUAAAUAAAAAAUGAAUUAGACUAAGAAGAUUUAGUUGAUAAUUCAGAACAAGCAGUUGUGGGAGGGUGGUGAUGUGCAUAUGCAGAAUUUUAGCAAAGCCUGUCAGCUCAGUGCAUGAAGUAGGCAUCUGUCCCUAGGCCCUGCUGGAAUUUAUCAGGAGGCAUUGGAGAGAAGGACCAAACACCUGGUGAGGUAGAGAGAGACACAUGCGUAUUAAAUUCCUGUUGGGUACUGCAAAGGAAGCCCGUGGUACAUGUGGACGUCCAUGGGCAGUGUUGGCAAAUGAACACAUUUGGCAAUGAACAUUGGCAAUGGCAAAUGAACAUUAUUCUUCCAAGGAAGGAGGCAUAUGCACAGCAGAGUCCAGGUCACUUGAAGGGUCUCUGAUAUGAUUUGCACCAGAGAGCAUUUUUCCCCCUGUGCUUGGAAGCCUUUUUCCUUUCUUGGUAUUUAUCACCUCUGAUGGCUGAAGAAUGUAGACAGGUGUGAUGAUCCUGCUUUUCACCAAAAUUUGUACACCAAGGUGAACAGGUGUUUGCCUUACUUGUUUCAAUUUUUUACUUUCAGUUCUACAUGAAUUAGCUUUUUCUCAGAUGUUAAAACUUUGUCCUUUUAUGAUUCUGUUUAUAUUGCAGUAGUAUUUAUUUUUUAGUGAUGAGAUUGUAUGUCCUGUUAGCAAAUGCAGCUCCAACUUACCUAAAAUAGACUUACUGCAGUUUAAUUUUGACCCAUGUGCAAGAAAUGCGCACACCAAUGAGAACCAUGCACUUUUUCUCCUAUGUAAAAAAAUGUUUGAUGAGGCUCUGAAAUUGUACAUGCUGCUUAGAAUUUGGCUUUUGGAGAAGAGAUGCUGUCAUUUAACCCCUUGGUGCUACUAAUAAGAAAAUCCCCAACUAUCCAUGCCAAGGGGGUAGUGAAAAAUUAAUGUUGCUGUUUGCUCAUUUGAGAAUUGAAAUGUUGUGUUGGCCUGGCAACAUAGUGUAAUGAAGAAAAUUGAGACCUGAUGAGAUGAUAAGAAAUGAACUUUACUUGGCAAAAUGAACACAUCGAGAGUAUUUACAAAGUAGGUAGUAAAGGAUAAGAACCUGGUGUGUUUAUUUUGAUCAUGGUACAUUUAUCACUGAAUUAGCUAUCAGGGAAAAAAAAACUCAAACAAAAAAAGAACACCUCCAACUUUUCUUUUUCUGUUUAUAUUCAUGUCCCCAAAUUCCAACAUUUCUCACUGAAAGGGGAUGUGUAUGCAAACCUCAUCUUUCUCCUUCAUUAAUGAUGAUCUUCAGAUUAAACCCUUUGGUGCUAGGAGCUGACAUUUUCCAAAGCAGCCUAAGAAGUCCAGGGGGCAGAGGACCCUUGUCCCGGCACGCAGGAGGCGUCUGAUCCCGUGGAGUGAUUGUGGAGAUGGGUUUCAGUUAGACUUACCUGACAGCUCCCAAAUGGAAGACCACAGCAGGAUGUAGUAUCAGCCCUGCAUUGUAUGAAACAGCGAGUGACUUUCUAGGUGGGAUGAAUGAUGUUUGAGGGCAGGUGUCUCAACCUCUUGAUGUUAGAAGUGUGGCUUUACAGACAUGGCACCCCUGCUGGCUGGAGGGGCCACUGGGACGGACAGGGCUAAAGGGCAUUUACUAAGGCAGCUAAGACAUAUUCAGACGUAGAUCUUACCUUCACUUCCCAUUUCUACCUGAGUGAAGUUUAUCAUUAGCAUCAAAUAGUAAGUUACAGGAAUUGGUAAUUCAUUCUCUUACAUAGCUCAACUUUUUUUUCACUUGGAAUUACGUUGAACGUUUCACUUUGACAAGAAAGUAGAAGUAUGUCUUGUAAGUUGUCUUGGAUCCAUUAUAUAAGAAAGAAACAGGAGGAAGAGAAGGCCGCUGAGCUGGCAGACGCUCAGAGCAUCACUCCUUCAGAAGGAAGGAGUGUUACCGCACGCUAAGCACAGUGAUGGCCUUUUUUU